UUUACAACAUAGAGGUUUACAAUCGUAUUUGCUGCAUCGUUCAGGAAACGACAGAUUCCUCUAGCCUACGUUUGAAUUGGACUGGACUAUGGUGCGAAAUUUUAGAAUGGAUUGUUUGGCAUUCGUUGGGUUAAUUUUUCGUCUUCUGGGAGACCUGCCAAGAUGAUGAAGGAGUGCCUGCAGUUCCUCAUCGAGCCCGCUAAGAACCUCAAGAUACGACUCAAGGAGUCUCGUAAGAAGGUCAGGAGCGAAAAGAAGCAGCCUCUUGUGGAGACUCAGUUUUUCAUCAUGGAGCUGGCCAGGGAACUGAACCGCGUGUGCCAGAAAUCAGAUGUUCUUAGACGCAUAUGGACCUGUGAGGACACCUGGCCCCCCCUGCUGUGCCGUGCUUUCAUCCUGGAGUGGGGUUGCAUGCUGGAGAGCAAGGACAGACCCAUGCAGACGGACGGCUGGCCAGAGAAGCGUGAUUGGAAGAGGCAGCUUUUGGAUAUGCUGGAACAGGGGAGUGAGCAGGACAUCGAGACCUCUAAGAGGAUCAUACUGGACUGGACCAGAGAGCUGAAGACCAAGCCUGAUCGGAGCAUUUGGCCUGGGGAGCCCGUGCUGUUGAUGCUGGAUGACCUGGAGACCCAGUGGCGGAAGGGCCGACUGCCCAACCUGCUGCCUGCUAUGGAACUGGUUAUAUGGGCUGUGCUUAAAGUCGCUGAGGACAAGGAAACCAUUCCCCAGCAGUGGCUCACCAGGAAGCAGAGGAAUCAGAACAUUGAUGCAGCCAAGUACAUUCCGCAUACUGUAUGGAACUGGAUCUGUGAUGCUGCAGUGGAGGUGACCCUUGACCCAGACACAGCCAACCCUGACCUGGUGAUCUCGCACGACGACAAGAGGAUGCGGUGCGGAUUUGAGAGGAAGGACGUACCCAACCACCACCAGCGCUUUGACGGGUGGUGGUGCGCUGUGGGCACAGAGGGCUUCUCCUCUGGCCGGCAUUACUGGGAGGUGGAGGUGGGCGAGAGGGACUGGCGUCUGGGUGUGGCCAAGGAGUCGGCACUGAGGAAGGGCUACAAGUCCCUCAACACACAGACCGGGUACCUGACCCUGCGGCUGGAGAGGGGCAGUGAGCUGAAGGCACUGACCGUGCCCUUCACCCCUCUUUCCCCGAACCUCGUCCCCCGCAAGGUGGGCGUGUACCUCGACUACGAGGAGGGCCAGCUGUCCUUCUACGACGUGGAGAAGCGCUCUCACAUCUUCACCUACAACAAGACCUUCACUGAGAAACUCUACCCACUCUUUGGCACAGUGGAGAUCAUCAAGGACCUGGUCAUCAGGUCUGCAGGAACUAGGGAACAGUGCUUCUGCCCUGGUCCGUGUCUGUGGGGCUGAUCUCCUUGAUCCCCACGGUCAGAUAGAUACGAGUGAGAACCAGUAUUCAAUAAGUAGACGAGAGAUCCACUGCUGUAAAGAUCAGCAUGCUUUCAAAUACCUGUGCUUUGAAAUAAGCCUGCCAUGGCUGCUUUUUACAUUGAUUCUUUCAUUCCAGCUUGCUAGAAUCUGUAAUGCACUCAUACUGUGUAUUUGCAUAUAUUUGAAAGAAAAUACUGUGGUCAUGUUAUUGUUGACUUGUACAAUUCGAAUCUUGUAAUAAUGAAGUACUUUCUGUGAUGAAUAAAUUUACAAAAUUAAA